GAGCAGGGUGAAGAAGUGGGGAUUUUUAGUCAGGCGCCAGGGGCGGUCUCGGGGUCCUAGCAAUCGAGUUCAUACAGAUCAGUGGUGCUCCAAAAUGUCGGUAGAGGUUUACCUUUUGUGGCUUAUGUUGCUUUUACAUAUGCUGUCAGCAUAUGGAACUGAGUUGUCAUCAGAGGUCUGCAGGGAACUGGGCUUUUCCAGCAACCUGCUGUGCAGCUCCUGUGAUCUGCUUGGAGAGUUCAGCCUCAACCAGCUGCAGCCGGACUGCCGGCACUGCUGCCAACAGGAGGCUCAAAUGGAAGCUCGCAAGCUCUACGCUGGAGCCAUCCUUGAGGUCUGUGGAUGAAAAUUGGGGAGGUUCCCUCAAGUUCAAGCUUUUGUCAGGAGUGAAAAGCCGAAGACAUUUCGAGGUCUUCAGAUCAAGUACGUCAGAGGCUCUGAUCCUGUGCUAAAGCUUUUGGACGAUAACGGGAACAUCGCUGAAGAACUCAGCAUCCUGAAGUGGAACACUGACAGCGUGGAGGAAUUCCUGAGUGAGAGGUUGGAACGGAUAUAGAGGAGAAACAGCCAAUCCUUUUUGGGGAAAGGGGUGGGGGGGUGUCAGGGUGUUGGUUUGUUUGUAGCCAGACGGGUGUCAUAGCAUUUGUUGAAUAACCGCUCUGUGCCAUCAUAGAAAGUAAGCCCAGGAAAUCAACAUGCCUGAAGCUGUGAAUGUUGGUUUUCAGAGGGCGAUGAUUUGCUGAUUAGUUUUCUAUGUGUGGAAGUGUCCUUCCCCACCUGUCUGACAUGGUGUUUUUGUUUAAAGCUUGUCGUCUGUGAUUUGCAUAAGGAGGAAUGCUUUCUAGUUUCACAUUAAAUGCAGAUGAGCUGAAGCGCACAUUAAUGACGACCCCACAGUAAACCAGUUCUGGGAUGUCGGGUCUGAUGCACAUUUGGGUUUUUGCUUUUCCUGCUUUGAAGAGAAACUGGAUUUGCUUUGGAGGCUGCUUUUGAUGGUUUAAAUAUGCAACAAUAAACAUUUGUUUUUCCAUUAA